AUAUUACUGUCGUGUGUAUAUAAAGGUGAUAUGAAGGUAUAUGAAAUAAACAUUUAAAAAUUUCUGACAGCUCGGUAAACAAGAAAAAUGCAGGCAUUUCCAAUAAAAUGUGUUGUCGUUGGAGAUGGGUGUGUGGGAAAGACUUGUCUGCUAAUGUCAUAUACACAAGAUGCAUUUCCAGGAGAAUAUAUACCAACAGUAUUUGAAAAUUAUCAAGCUAAUGUCAGAGUAGAUGGACGAGUUUGUUCCCUUAGUUUAUGGGACACUGCAGGCCAACAUGAGUAUGACAGAUUACGACCAUUAUCUUAUCCACAGACGGAUGUUUUUCUGAUAUGUUUUUCCCUUGUUGCACGAGACAGUUACGAAAAUGUUAAACAACAGUGGUAUCCAGAGAUUAAACACCAUUGUCCAGACACACCACUUGUAUUAAUUGGAACAAAAAUGGACUUAAGGGAUGGCAGUAAGGAAAAGAAAAAUGCAUUAAAGACAGCAAUUUCCUUUGUUGAGGGUAGGAGUCUUGCACAGAAAAUACAUGCAGUAAAAUAUGUAGAAUGCUCUGCGAGGACCGGCAAGAAUACAAAACUAGUUUUUGAUGAGGCGAUACGAGCCUGCCUAAUUCCACAGAAACAGAAGAAAAGAAGAAGUAAAUGUAAACUUGUAUGAAGACAAACAACGGACAUGUAUUGCAACAUAUAAACAGCUUGAAACGGGUUUUUCAUUUCCACGUUGGAACAUAAACAAAAGAAAUACACAAAAUAGUUGGAGGCACUAUAUAUCAUUCAAUCAAUUCUUAUCAAUAAAUCAUGUGUACAACAACUUUUCAUGGCCUAUGCGCUUGGCAUAUUAGAAACGGCGGUGCUGUGCUGUACUAUGCAGUAGGCGAAGUAACUAAAUAUGUUAUAAAGUUGUUGUAGUCUUAUGUAGAACAUGAUAAAAUGGCAUUGUAAUAUGUCAUACAUGUGAUGGCGUUAUAAUUUUAAAAAGUUACAGUUUAUUAGAAAGGAACUCGAUGGACAUUGAGAUUUCAGUGUUGUGUUGCUGACAAUCAGCUAUUCUUGAAAAUUAAAAAUGACGUAUAAGUUCAUGUAAGCGUUUCUUUUUCCAAAUAGUUCAAUAAAAUAUGCGAACACCA